CUGGCCGCGGGGCCCUGAAGAACCAAUGGGAACGCACCGCCCGCGACGUACGAACGCAGCGUCUCGUUUUUCCCGCGAAACUCGGCGGCAGUGCGCGGGGGUCUGCGUGUGUCUCGGAGUGUGUAGUGCGGCGGUGAAGGUGCAGCCAUGUCCGGCUUCGACGACCCUGGCAUCUUCUACAGCGACAGCUUUGGGGGGGACCCCGGGGCCGACGAGGGGCAGGCCCGCAAGUCGCAGCUGCAGCGGCGCUUCAAGGAAUUCCUGCGGCAGUACCGGGUGGGCACCGACCGCACGGGCUUCACCUUCAAGUACAGAGAUGAACUCAAGCGGCAUUACAACCUGGGGGAGUACUGGGUUGAGGUGGAGAUGGAGGACCUGGCCAGCUUUGACGAGGACCUGGCCGACUACUUGUACAAGCAGCCAGCCGAGCACCUGCAGCUGCUGGAGGAAGCUGCCAAGGAGGUGGCUGAUGAGGUGACCAGGCCACGGCCCUCUGGUGAGGAGGUGCUCCAGGACAUCCAGGUCAUGCUGAAGUCAGACGCCAGCCCGUCUAGCAUUCGGAGCCUCAAGUCAGACCUGAUGUCACACCUGGUGAAGAUCCCUGGCAUUGUCAUUGCGGCCUCUGCAGUCCGUGCCAAGGCCACCCGCAUCUCCAUUCAGUGCCGCAGCUGCCGCAACACCCUCACCAACAUCGCCAUGCGCCCUGGCCUGGAGGGCUACGCCCUGCCCAGGAAGUGCAACACGGACCAGGCUGGACGCCCCAAGUGCCCGCUCGACCCGUACUUCAUCAUGCCGGACAAGUGCAAGUGCGUGGACUUCCAGACCCUGAAGCUGCAGGAGCUGCCUGAUGCAGUGCCCCACGGCGAGAUGCCCAGGCACAUGCAGCUCUACUGUGACAGGUACCUGUGUGACAAGGUUGUCCCUGGAAACAGGGUCACCAUCAUGGGCAUCUACUCCAUCAAGAAGUAUGGCCUAAACUCCACCAAGGGUCGUGACAGGGUGGGUGUGGGCAUUCGGAGCUCCUAUAUUCGUGUCCUGGGCAUCCAGGUGGACACAGAUGGCUCUGGACGCAGCUUUGCAGGGGCCGUGAGCCCACAGGAGGAGGAAGAGUUCCGUCGCCUGGCCGCCCUCCCCAACGUCUAUGAGGUCAUCUCCAAGAGCAUCGCCCCCUCUAUCUUUGGGGGCACAGAUAUGAAGAAGGCCAUUGCCUGCCUGCUCUUUGGGGGUUCCCGCAAGAGACUCCCAGAUGGACUCACUCGCCGAGGAGACAUCAACCUGCUGAUGCUGGGAGACCCCGGGACGGCCAAAUCCCAGCUCCUGAAGUUCGUGGAGAAGUGCUCUCCCAUCGGGGUGUACACGUCUGGGAAGGGCAGCAGUGCCGCAGGGCUGACCGCCUCGGUGAUGAGAGACCCCUCAUCCCGGAACUUCAUCAUGGAGGGCGGAGCCAUGGUCCUGGCCGAUGGUGGGGUUGUCUGCAUUGACGAGUUUGAUAAGAUGCGGGAAGAUGACCGUGUGGCAAUCCAUGAGGCCAUGGAGCAGCAGACCAUCUCUAUCGCCAAGGCUGGCAUCACUACCACCCUGAACUCACGAUGCUCCGUCCUGGCUGCUGCCAACUCAGUGUUCGGCCGCUGGGAUGAAACAAAGGGGGAAGACAACAUUGACUUCAUGCCCACCAUUUUGUCCCGCUUCGACAUGAUCUUCAUUGUCAAGGAUGAGCACAACGAGGAGAGGGAUCUGAUGCUGGCCAAACACGUGAUCACUCUGCACGUUAGCGCGCUGACACAAACACAGGCCGUGGAGGGUGAGAUUGACCUGAACAAGCUGAAGAAGUUCAUCGCCUACUGCCGAGUGAAGUGUGGCCCUCGGCUAUCAGCAGAGGCUGCGGAGAAGCUCAAGAACCGCUAUAUCAUCAUGCGGAGUGGGGCCCGCCAGCACGAGAGGGACAGUGACCGCCGCUCCAGCAUCCCCAUCACUGUGCGGCAACUGGAGGCCAUCGUGCGCAUUGCAGAGGCCCUCAGCAAGAUGAAGCUGCAGCCCUUUGCCACCGAGGCAGAUGUGGAGGAGGCCCUCAGGCUCUUCCAAGUGUCCACAUUGGAUGCUGCCUUAUCGGGCACCCUAGCAGGGGUGGAGGGCUUCACCAGCCAGGAGGACCAGGAGAUGCUUAGCCGCAUCGAGAGGCAGCUCAAGCGCCGCUUUGCCAUUGGUUCCCAGGUGUCCGAGCACAGCAUCAUCCAGGACUUCACCAAGCAGAAGUACCCGGAGCACGCCAUCCACAAGGUGCUGCAGCUCAUGCUGCGCAGGGGCGAGAUCCAGCACCGCCUGCAGCGCAAGGUGCUCUACCGCCUCAAGUGAGCCGCCUUCCCGGAUGCCAGGGCGCCAGCUGCACCUAGCGCCUGCGCCAUCAGGACUGUGCCAUCGCUUCUGCCACCGUCUGCCUCCCUCUCUGCUCUGGAGGAAGGAGCCCUCAUCUGCCUCAGGCGACUGCCUUCACUGCAGUUUCAGGAAAUGUGCUUUUUGUCUGUUGAAAGAAUAAAGCGCGCUGUGCUCGGUA